AUGCGGUUUCAGAAAGUCCGUGCUGGGGUUUUGGGGAAGAGACGUUUGCGCCAACACCAGCUGCCUCCCCCCUGCGCCGUUUCUCCUGAGGGUCGACGUUUAAGUCCGCUCUUAAAUCGUCAUGCCGCGGGAGGACUAGUUAUUGGACAGCCUUCGAAGGGUAAGCGUCCAAAAGAACCUGGGGAAAACAAAAUUAAGCCUGUUAACAAAAAAGUAAAACCCAAGACCCCCAAAAUGAAGGAGAGAGAAUCUGCUGACUCCUCUUUGAAGUCCCAGUCCAUACUGACACAGGUGAUGGAUAAAGGUCGUUUCCAGAAACUAGCUGCCACUUUAAGCCUCUCUGCGGGACAAAACCUAGAACUUCGAUGUAAGGGGAAUAAUGUUACUUGGAACUAUCCCUCAUACUUGGACACCUUUAAAGACUCCAGACUCAGUAUAAAGCAGCUGGACAAGUAUGGUCAGCUGAUCCUCGCAAACUCCACUGCAGCUGACACAGGUGAAUAUAGCUGCUGGCUUCAGCUGUGCAAUGGUAACAAAUGCAGGAAGGAUGAGACUAAAACAGGUUCAACAUACAUCUUUUUCACAGAUAAAGAGGAACUUUUUGUACCUACUCCCAGUUAUUUUGAGAUUGUGUACCUGAACCCAGAUAAACCUGCAGUCAUUCCAUGCCGUGUUACUACUCCUUCAGCAAAAGUAACUCUACACAGGGAAUUCCCAGCAGAAGAAAUUGAAACAGAUGGAACUGAUAUUAUUUAUGAUGUGAAGAAAGGUUUUGUCUACCAGCACCCUACUUCUGAUCAUAAGGGUAUUGUCUACUGCAAAGCAGAGUCACAUGGAGCACCUCAGAUUUCCAUAAAGUACCACCUACUGUAUGUGGAAGUUCCCAAGGGUCCCCCUUCAGCUACAAUUGCAGCAUCAUCCAACAGAGAAGUCAGUGACAGAGUUCAUGUAAUCUGCACAGCCCUUGGGGAGCCAGAUGUUGAUGUGAACUUCAGGUGGCAGUACCCAGGGCAAGAGUCUGAGAGACCUGUGAUUAUCCAAAACUUCUGGAGACUGAUAAACAGAGGAACUGGACAUACCACAAGAAUCUCAAAAAGCAUUCUUCUUGUUGAGGAUUUUGAAGCCAGGGAUGCUGGAACCUACAUUUGUAUAGCUCAGAACCUACAAGGAGAAACCACAGUAGCUACUACAGUUGAACUAAAUUGAUAGGAAAGGCCUCUGGAAGUAGAAUGAACUGUAUGUUAUAUGAUAUUAUAGCCAUCUAUUUUCUUUAUUAAUGUUUAAACGAAGUUUUCUCUAUCACUGUCUCUCUUCAUAUGUCAGUGCAUUCCAUAUUUCACUAGCUUCACAGCCCAAAACAGUGUUCCCCUAUGCCCAGCAGUAGUCAGCUGUGAGUUAAUAAAACUAUGAAGCAUUAAAGCUUAAGACUGAACAUGCAUAGGGCUUACUCUAUUUAGGAAUAGAUGCUCUUGGUCUUUCUCCUCAAACCCUUUCAUAAGGUUAACCCACUGUAUGGUUUGUGACCUUUUUGCAUAUGUGAGAAAGGAGAGGAUAUCAAGUAUCCUCAAAAUCCACCAAGCAGGUGGAUUCAUUCUGGUGCUGUGCAAUUUUAAAGUUUAGAAUACUGUACAUGUUUAAAACAACAACAGCCCCCCACCCCCACUUGUUACAGCAUUAGCCCAUAACAAAUGUUUAUUUUGUAAGAAUAAAUUUCUGAACAUUAUGCAAA